GUCAUUGUUAAAUUCCGAAAUUGAAAUCAAUAAGCGAUGUGCAAUGUUGUGUGUACAUGACGGUCGGUGGGAAAUGGCGAUUAUGACAAAACAUCGUUUUAGACUUCAUUGUGCUUGAUUGCGGAACCGACGAAAUAGAUAUUCGUUAGCAAAAUGACUCGCAACAGCAAAAAGAAACUCGCGAUAUUCGCGGGUACAUCCAAGUGUCUCAUUUACGCAGAAGCAAAGUACUGUGCCUCUGAAAUGCCUGGAGAAAUAAAAUACUAUGAAUGUCCAAAAACAGAAUAUUGUUGUGCUUUUGGAUGUUGUGUGUCACCUGGACUCCAUUUCCAUCAUUUAUGGUACUAUUGGAUUCUGGUUAUAAUAAUGUUCCUGGUGUGUUCUGGUGGUGGUUGGUGGUACCGAUAUUGGUUGCAGGGCAGAUACAGAGCAGCCGCUUCGGCUAUUCCAACCCGACCGUCUAAUACUAGAUCUCAAAAUUCUCUUCGUAAUGCAUCUUGCCAAGCGCAGCAAGCUCGCAUUACAUACAAUUCGGCGAGAAAUACCGUCCUAUUGCAUCGUAUGUGGAAAGGUCCUCAAAGAAACGCAGCUGCACCGUGGAAUAAUGGUAACGCAAGCACAUCGACGCACUAUCAGAAUAUGAACGUCGUAUGGAAUGAUGCCAAUUGUCCUUACUACCAAUUAUAUGGUCCUCCGCCUAGUUACGAGACAGUAAUAGCACAGACACGUGGCAAGAUCUCUAAUCCGGCGUCACCAGAAUCGUCCUCUACCGCGCGAUUGAAUCUACAAUCAGCGAACGUGAUACCGAAUCCAAGUGUGCCACAGUGUUUUUACUACCCUUGCAAUUCGCCGGCGAGAUUGGUAAACGGCAACACGAAUCAAUGUCAAAGUGAUAACGCAAAUUCCCAUCAGUUUGACAGUGUUCCAAUCGCGCAUUUCUCGCAAUAUUGUGCCGCAAACGGCGCGAUAAGCCAAAACAUGUGCGUUCCUUUGGAGUGUCCAGAAAAAUCAAUUGCUUCCGGAAGUAGCAAUUUUACUCGCGGUUAUCAGAGCAGCUCACAGCGGUUACCGGGAUAUCUAAUGGACAGAUCGCCUGACGCCUCGGAUACGGAGAAUGCAACUCACGGCUAUGAAGUCCAGAAUGUGGAAGAACACGCAAUGCUCAAUAUCAAUGCUGCGACAAGCAGCUAUAGAGAACACAGUACGUGGCAUGCGAAUGAUCAAUCUUUAUUGAAAGUGCAUGGUAAGAUCAGUUUACAGGAUAAAAAUCGAGCAUCUCAGCCAAGAUGCGUGACAAUGGCAGAGACGCACACUACCUCGCUUAAAUCAGAAGAUAGUGGAAGCGAAAACGAGCGCACGUUCCCCUUGGUUUCUGCAACACAAAGAAAUUUCCCGAGGGAACGUACGAAUUACGGCGGUUCCUUGCGUUUACCGCGUAGACACACCAGAGGUGUCACUUGUCAAGGCAACAGCUUCCAAAGAGUUUCUCCCAAGAAGUCGUCGAGCAUCCCGCAAAAUGCUUUUAAUAUCGCUCAGACAGCUUCCGAAAGCACACCUCCUAACACUAGCUCUCUGGCACGAAUGGCGGAUGUCGAAGCGAGUUCUUCUCAAUCAAAUCCAUCCAAUAAUGUGAUAUUAGAACCUUUUAUUUUUGAAAAUGCGCAAUCACCUCCAAGGAGAAAUAUCGAAGAGGUGCGUGGUUCUUAUGCAAUGAAUCGAAGUACAAACUUUGAUCUUGAAAGUAAACACAAAUUAGACAGAUCGAAAUCGCUAGACUGAGCGUAAAAUGAAAUUCUUAUCAUUGCAUUAUUAUAAGUGAUGAUUAUUUUUGUAUAUCUCUGUUAAUCGCGCAUACACCAAUACAAGUUUCAAUGUCGUUUGUUAUUGAGGCAAAUUAGUAAGAUAUUUUUGCAAAAUGAUGGUCAAAUUGUUUUGAAUAUCGUAAUAAUAUUGUGAUAAAUAAUAAUUUUAUC